AUGACAAAAGUUAAAUUUAUUGCAUUAAAAAACUAUAUCAAAGGUGGAUAUCCACAAGAAAAGGAUUUUGAAACAAAAGAAGUAGAUUUAGAUGAAACAUUGGGUAAUAAUCAAAUCCUUGUAAAAUUGAUUUACAUUUCAGUUGAUCCAUAUGUUCGUGGAAGAAUGAGUGAAGGUAAAUCAUAUAUUGAUCCAUUUAAGAUUGGAGAACCAAUUGAAUGUGGUGGUGUUGGUAAAAUUGAGAAAUCAAAUUGUAGCAAAUGGAAAGUUGGUGAUUACAUUGCCAAUAAUCAAUUCCCAUGGAAAGAGAAAUUUGUUACUGAUGGUAAUAACCCAGGUUGUUAUAAAGCUGAUAAGAACGCUGCUCCACUUCCAUGUUAUCUCUCUCUACUUGGUAUGACUGGUAUGACUGCCUAUUGUGGUCUAACUGAAAUCGGUGAACCAAAGAAAGGUGAAACAUUGGUGGUGAGUGCUGGUUCUGGUGCCGUUGGUCAAAUUGUUGGUCAAGUUGGUAAAAUCAUUGGUUGUAGAGUAAUUGGUAUUGCUGGAUCGAAAGAAAAGUGUGAUUUCAUGACUAAGGAAUUAAGAUUCGAUGUAGGUAUCAAUUAUAAAUCUCCAACUUACAAAGAUGAUAUUGCAAAAGCUGUUGAGAAAACUGGUGUCGAUAUCUAUUGGGAGAAUGUUGGUGGUGAAAUAACUGAUGCAGUUUUGCCACAUUUAAACAAAUAUGCACGUAUUCCACUUUGUGGUGUAAUCUCUUCCUACAAUAAAACCGAAUUGGAUGUUGGCCCUCGUAUUCAAAUUUAUCUCUUGAAAUCAUCUGCAAAAAUGCAAGGUUUCAUUGUUUUUAACUACAUUGAUAAAUUCCCUGCUGCCUCUAAACAAUUGGCUGAAUGGUAUAAUCAAGGUAAAAUCAAAGAUCAACAUUCAAUUAAAAAAGGCCUUGACCAAGUUGUACCAUCAUUCCUUUCAUUAUUUAAUAGUGAUCAUCUUGGUAAAAUGAUUAUUAAAAUUGCUGAUGAAUAA